AUGGCACGAGCAUUAAACAAAGUCCAAAAACAAAUCUCCAAGAAACGGGGUGGUAAACCCGACGCUCUGCAUGAGAACAGUCGAGAUGCAAGGCGGCUACGCCGUGCUGGUGCAAGAGAGGAAAAGUUGGCUCGGCUCAUGGACGCAGCCGUGAGAGCAAAUCAUGUCUAUGUGGAGAGAGUGGCAUGGUUCAAAACAGCACUAGAAGGGUCCUCGGGUCCGCUGUCAGACGACGAGAUGCACGUUUUGACCCAAAGUUUCAUUGAUCGGGAAGGUGACGAGUUGGCUGAAGCCAAAGCAGAACGAAGGCCAGGGCGACCGCCCACAAAAGCCGAAGAGCGAAUUUCACAGCGCAAGGAAGCUGAAGAACGUGAGUUUCGUGCUGGUUUCUGGAUUCCCGAGCUUCGAAAUCAGGAGAGCCGGUCGAAAGUUGAAAGAUGGGCGGGAGAAUGGGGCGGACUGAACACGCUCGACUUCGUUCGUGUCGUCAAGGCGGGUGGUAUAAAGCCGUCGAACUUUCCGCCAAAGGCCAACUCCUGA